UCCUCUCUCUCUCUCUCUCUCUCACCACUUUCAUCUUCGUCGUUUCCUUCUUCUUCUUCCUCAAAGCCCUAUAGAGCUUAAAACCCUAGAACACACAGAGAAAAGAAGAGGAGCUAUCGCAUUAAGGGAUCAAGAUGAGGAUAAUGAUAAAGGGAGGCGUCUGGAAGAACACGGAGGAUGAGAUCCUCAAGGCGGCUGUGAUGAAGUAUGGGAAAAAUCAGUGGGCCCGGAUCUCGUCUCUCCUCGUUCGUAAGUCCGCCAAGCAGUGUAAGGCUCGUUGGUAUGAGUGGCUCGACCCUUCCAUAAAAAAGACUGAGUGGACCAGAGAGGAGGAUGAGAAACUGCUACAUCUUGCAAAACUCAUGCCCACACAGUGGAGAACAAUUGCCCCGAUUGUUGGUCGUACUCCAUCCCAGUGCCUUGAGCGGUAUGAGAAACUCCUCGAUGCAGCUUGUGCUAAGGAUGAUAACUAUGAAGCAAGUGAGGACCCUCGGAAAUUGCGUCCAGGAGAGAUUGACCCAAACCCCGAGUCGAAGCCUGCACGUCCAGAUCCCAUUGAUAUGGAUGAGGAUGAAAAGGAAAUGCUUUCUGAGGCACGAGCCCGGCUAGCCAACACCAAGGGAAAGAAGGCAAAGAGGAAAGCCAGGGAGAAACAACUUGAGGAGGCUAGGAGGCUUGCUUCUUUACAGAAAAGGAGAGAGCUGAAGGCUGCCGGAAUUGACACUAGGCAACGCAAAAGGAAAAGGAAGGGCAUAGAUUAUAACUCCGAGAUUCCAUUUGAGAAGAAGCCUCCUCCAGGCUUUUACGAUGUUGCCGAUGAGGAUAGACCAGUGGAGCAGGCCCAGUUCCCUACCACAAUUGAAGAACUUGAAGGGAAAAGGAGAAUGGAUAUGGAAACACAACUAAGAAAGCAAGAUAUUGCAAAGAAUAAAAUUGCACAAAGGCAGGAUGCCCCAUCAGCUAUACUACAAGCCAACAAGUUGAAUGAUCCAGAAACGGUUAGAAAGAGGUCAAAACUUAUGCUUCCUGCACCACAGAUUUCGGACCAUGAAUUGGAGGAAAUUGCAAAGAUGGGUUAUGCUAGUGAUAUUCUUGUGGGUAGUGAGGAACUUUCUGAAGGGAGUGGUGCAACACGUGCUCUUCUUGCAAAUUAUUCCCAGACACCACAGCCAGGAAUGACACCCCUACGAACUCCACAAAGAACACCAGCUGGUAAGGGUGAUGCUAUUAUGAUGGAAGCAGAAAAUCUAGCCAGGUUGAGGGAGUCUCAGACACCAUUAUUAGGGGGACAGAAUCCAGAGUUGCACCCUUCAGAUUUUUCAGGGGUUACUCCUAAGAAAAGGGAGAUCCAAACGCCAAACCCUCUGCUAACUCCUUCAGCCACUCCUGGAGGUGUCAGUCUUACUCCUAGAAUUGGCAUGACACCAUCAAGAGAUGGAUAUUUUAAUAUGACCCCAAAGGGAACACCAGUCAGGGAUGAGCUCCAUAUUAAUGAAGAUAUGGAUGUGCAAGAUAGUGCCAAACUUGAUCAAAGAAGGCAAGCUGAUUUGAGAAGGAACUUGCGAUCAGGUCUAAUCAAUCUUCCACAGCCGAAGAAUGAGUACCAGAUAGUUAUGCAGCCGGUUUUAGAAGAUAAUGAAGAACCAGAGGUGAAGAUUGAAGAGGAUAUGUCUGAUAGGAUAGCUAGAGAAAAGGCUGUGGAAGAGGCACGUCAGCAGGCAUUACUUAGGAAGAGAUCAAAAGUACUGCAGAGGGAGCUCCCUAGACCUCCUGCUGCUUCAUUGGAUCUAAUUAGAAAUUCUCUUAUUAGAGCAGAUGAAGACAAGAGCUCCUUUGUUCCUCCUACAUCCAUUGAGCAGGCUGAUGAAAUGAUAAGAAAGGAGCUUCUAAGCUUACUAGAGCAUGAUAGUGCUAAGUAUCCACUUGAAAAGAAACUGACCAAGGAGAAAAAGAAAAGUGUUAAGCACUCUGCAAAUGGACCUGGUUAUGUCCCUGAGAUAGAUGGUUUUGAGGAAGAUGAGCUGAAAGAGGCUGAUACUUUGAUAGGGGAAGAGGCUCGGUAUCUUCGCCUGGCAAUGGGGCAUGAAAAUCAAUCCCUUGAUGAAUUUGUUGAAGCACACAGUACUUGCCUAAAUGAUCUCAUGUACUUUCCUACCCGUAAUGCUUACGGUCUCUCAAGUGUUGCUGGAAACAUGGAGAAGCUUGCAGCUUUGCAGAAUGAAUUUGAAAAUGUGAAGAAGAAGAUGGAUGGUGAUAAAGCUAAGGCAGAAAGCCUUGAGAAUAAGGUCAAAGUUCUCACACAUGGUUAUGAGACACGAGCUAAAACAGCUCACUGGCCAAAGAUUGCGGCAACCCUCAAACAGAUGGACACUGCUGCAACAGAACUUGAGUGUUUCAGAGCUUUACAAAAGCAAGAGCAAUUAGCAGCUUCACACCGGAUAAAUAGUCUCUGGGAGGAAGUUCAGAGGCAAAAGGAGCUGGAACGAACUUUACAGAUGCGAUAUGGAGAUCUUGUGGCAGAAUUAGAUAGGACACAAUACCUCAUGGAGAAAUACAGAGUACAAGCAGAAGAGCAAGAGGCAAUUGCUGCCAAGAAUCAUACGCUUGAGUUAGCUAAGGCUGCAGAAGAUCAGACUCUUGCGCAGAGCAUCGUGACGGAUACACCUAUCCUGUCUACAGAUCCAAUUGAUGGAAAUGCUGUACAGCAAAUGGAUGCCAAACAAGAACUUGCUUAUGCAAGUCCAAAAUCUGAUAUGGAUGUCGAUGCCCAGAAUGAGCAUCCACAACUGUGCAUGGUUGAAAAUUUUCCUACUAGCAGCCCUACUGCUGUGGAGCAAGAGGCCACCACACCAGUACAAGGUAACACUUCUGAAGGUACCGAUAUUCAGCUCUCCCUUCCAGGUAGAGAUAACCCUAAGGCAGUUCCCGGCAUGGUGACAGCUAUUGACUCAGGUGAUGGGGCUGCUGGAGCCAAUAUAACUACUGAGGUUACUAAAGAAAAUCCAUAUUCUGGGGAUCCACAAAACGUAGCAGAAGCGGUGAGCCUUGAUGGUGGCUUGAGCAAGCAAGAAGAUUGUGUCCCAGAAACUGCUGGCAAUGAUAGUUGUGAUGGCGGGGAUGCCAUGCAGGUCUCUGCUGGUGACGGGGGGCACACCGAUAAUUAAACACCAAAUGUGUUAUUAAAGGUUGAGGAGAAUUAGCUUCACCUGGAUGUUGAUUUUACCGAUAGUCCAAUUGAAAAUGGCAGAUACAAAUGCCAAUAACAAGAGGUCAUGGCAAAGUUGGAUGGCUGUUGAAUUUUACAGUUCUGGGUAAUUGGACUCCUCAAUCGAAGUAUCUAUUGCUGUUGAAGGGGCAAACUGCAUGGUAACCGGCACCUUUGGUACUUGGUCUAUACUCUAUUUCUCAUAGUUUUGUCUCGUGUUUGUACCAAAACUGGAAAUUAUUCUCUACUGUUUUUUGUGAAAGCAUGCACCAAGAAGAGAGUGAGGGUCUGGUAAGAACAUAAACUGGUGAAGGAUAAUAUCUUAGUUCGGGCAUGUUCACUGUUCAACUUUUUUUAAUUGAGAAACUACUGAAGAUUUUCCCAUAACAUGCUAGUUUCGAUUGUUUCAGCUA